CCGGGGCCGUGUUUAUGGUUCCGGCUAGCGAUAGUAACGCGCGGCCAUUUCGUCCUCUGAGAGUCGGCGCUCGGCGCGGACAUUUCCUCCUCUGGGCGCUGUCUUGAAAUAAACCUAAAAUAAAAGGCCCCUUUCUCACAUUCUCCCACCCCACACACCUCCCCAAGCGAGUGGUAUUAGCAACCAUGUGUUUUUAAACGGUCCGCCAUCACCGGGCGGGAGACUGAUGCUUUCCCGCAAAAGCCGCCUGCUCUUGGGUGGCUGUCGAGACAGCGCUCUACGCUCUGGGUAAAACGGACGCUGGGCCUCAAUUUGGAGAUGCCGCUGUUGGGACAGGGAGGCCGCUGGCGGCUGAGGUAUGGAGCGGCCAGGCUGCUGGUCGCAAACGCGACCUUUAUCUCCCUCAUCGUGUCGUUUUGGCUCACCGGGGCCGAGAAGGCCUUUUCUUUGAGUGCCGGCCCGGUGCUCAGCCGGUGCCAAGUGCACCGUUUACUGAGCUACUGCUUCUGUCAUGACAAUAUAUUUACUUUACUUGUCAACGUAGUGUUCCUAAUUUUUCUGAGCAGCCAUCUGGAGGAACAGUUGGGUACCAUCCGAUACAUUUACCUCACCAUCAUUUUUGCUGUCUUUUCUGCAAUUUUUUAUCUGCUUUCGGGCAAACUAUUAAGCUUGGAAGAAACAGCAGUGUGUGGUUUCACAAGUGUUCAUUUCGCUAUGGUGACACUAAGCUGCUGUAGCUCAGAAAUGAAACGGACCUUCACUGUAGCAGGAAUCAGUCCAGCAGCAGUGCCUUGGAUACUCCUCACAGUCGCCUACCUUGUUAUUCCAGGUUCUUCCAUAUUGCUCCAUAUCUGUGGAGUUAUUAUUGGUCUGCUCUAUAGUUAUAGGUUUUUAUUUUGGUUGGAGUUGCCAGACUUUGUAGUAGAAUAUGUUGAAAGACUGGCUAUCUGUAGACUUUUGCAACAUAAUUCCUGGAUUCCAUUUAUCUUCUCUCCAGCCCAAUAUCAUCUUACUGUCACAAGUAAUACUGAGAGGUACCCUGUUACUGAGGCCAAAACUCACACAUCAUCUCAAGUGAUUGAUCAUUUUACAAAAGACAGUAAUAGCUGCAACAUUGAAAUAGAUUCUCAGUGGACUGAGAUCCCCAACCAGAUAAUAUUGCCUUCUUCACAACCGCAUGUUGGAUCAAUUGGAGCCAGUAAUUUCCAAGCAUACUCUGAUAAUCCCUGUAGUUCUGCAUAUUCUGACCGGCUGGAUCCUAGCCAUUGUCUCCCUGAAUUUUAUCAUAUGAAUCCAGAUGAAAUUUAUAUUGCUGCUAGAUGUGGCCUUCUCACAGAUGAGGAUCUUUUACAUGCUAGUAUUGCUGCCUCCUUAAAAGAAUCAGAUCAGAGCAGGAAACUGGAAGUACCUAAAUCGUCAGUGUCCUCUCUACGACUACAGCAAUUACAGCAGAUGGGGUUUUCAACAGAAAAGGCUGUUUUAGCUCUGGCUGCUUCAGGGAAGGUGGAGGGUGCCAUCAAUCUCCUGGUAGAAGAUCAAGUUGGAGAAGAUGCCAUUGUGACAACAAAGGAUAAAGUGCUAUCCAGUUGAAUAUCUGCUAAAUGAUGGAGAAGUGUGCACAAAUUAAUGAAAGAAGUGCUAAAUAUAGACAUUUUAUGUUAGUUUGUGCAGGUCACAAAUCAGAUCUUUUUAACACAGAAGUAGGCCUUUCAGCUCAGAAACCAUGUUGACCAUCAACUACCCAUUUACAUUCAGCAACUUAUAUAUUUUUCAAUGCUCUGCUAAAACUUACAUCAAUCAAUUUACACUUUUUCUGCUCCCCACAUUCCAAUCAACUCGCCCCAGAUUCCACCACUUCCAUACUCAGGGCAGUUUAUAGUGGCCAAAUUCCUAUUAACCCACACUUCUUUGUGAUGUGGUCAGAAGCUUGAUGUGGUCAGAGGGAACACACAUGGUCACAGGGAGAACGUGCAAACUCCACACAGACAUCACCCAAGGUUAGGAUAGAACCAGGGCAUCCAGCACCGUAAGAUGAUGAUUUUACUAGCUGUGCCACUGGUUGACCCAUAAAUCCCACAGCUUUCCACAAAAUGUUUACAUACCAUGCCAUCUUGGAGCCAAUUGGACAUUAAAUGUCAGACACAAGAGAUCACAGGUGCUGAGAUCUGUAGCAAAAAUCGAACUGUUGGAGAAUUUCAGUGGGUCAGGCAGCAUCUGUGAAGGGAAAGGGAUCGUCAACUGAUGCAGGGUUUCAACCUGAAAUUUUUGAUUAUCCCUUUGCUUUUACAGAUACUGCCUAUUACCAGAUUCUUUGACCUACAGUCUCAUUUUCAAGGACUCUACAACUCAUAUUCUUUAUGUUAUUUUUAUUUGCACAGCUUUUCCUCUUGCCAAUUCAUUGUUUCUCAGUCGUUCUUGAAUAGAUUUUGUAAUAAUUGUAUGUAUUUCUUUUUUCCUGUGAAUGUCUGCAAGAAACUGAAUGUCAAGGUUGUAUCUGGCAACAUAUACAAACUUAGUUCAAAGUAAAUUUAUUAUCUAUGUUAUUUUUGCUUAUUUUUGCCUUCAUCUUGUUAAAAUGUUGUUAUUCCAAAAGCGGAAUUUGAUAAUCCAUGCAGCAAAGUAUUUUGAGGAAAUAAAAUCUAUCAGAAAUUGUAUCUAUUAAGUAAUCAUACAAAAAGGAAUGUUAUUACACAUUAUAAUGCUACGGUUCUUAACCUGGGAUCCACAGACCCCUUGGUGGUCCAUGGAUAGAUUCCAGGGGGUUUGUGAACUUGGAUGGGAAAAAAAAUUAGAUCUUUAUUUGCACUGACCCCUAACUGAAAUUUAGCAUUUCCUUUGAUUACGAAUGUAGGGAACAAACCAUAGUAUUAGUAGUGCUCGUGACUUUGCCACCAAUACAAAUCACAGAUAUUUUUGAAUGGAUAUCCAACAUGGCAUGUGUUGCUUUGUCAAUGUCCACCCUACAGUUUAAUGGACUUAUACAGCCUUCACACCGAUAUGGCUUUAAAAAUAAGAUUUAAAUUUAACUUACCUAUAUUUUAAAUAUACAGUGCUGUUAUUUAAUGUGUUAAUAAAAAAGCAUAUAUAUUACUAUAUCACAAAUCUGUGCUUUAAAAUAUUUUUCUAACUGUAUUUCAAUUAUAAUUGGUUUAUUCUGUAAUCCUAUGUAUUUAAUUUUAUAUAUUUAAAUAUAUCAUUCUGAGAAGGGGUCCAUAGGCUUCACCGGACUGCCAAAGGGGUCCUUGGCAUAAAAAGGGUUAAGAACCUUUGUUACAACAACUUCUUUGUAACACAGGCUACUUGGGUAUUUGAACUCAAUUUCAGACAUCUGGUGCUGAUAACUGAAUGGGCUUAGUCACAUGCGAGUCAGAAGGUGAUGACAAUGAAUCAAACCUGAGAAAAUGGUAGUGGGCAAUUCUUCGCUGGCUCCAGUCCCAUUCAGUAAGCAGCGAAUGGAGUAACAGCUCUAAAUACAGGAUUCAAGUUCAAGGGGUGGUUUAGUCAGGCCUUUCCAACCAUGAUAAAGGAUUAGUUGGACUGUUCAAUAUGUUUUGUAUUCCACCUGGAGUUUACAGGCGUCAGGACAAAAUUGAGGAACACAAUUGGAAACUUACUCUGUUUCUCUUUGCUUGGCUGAAGAAUCUCGUGUAUGAGUCCCGAUGUCAGACCUGCACCAGGCAGAACAUAGUGGACAGGUAUGCUGUUGGGGGCUAACAGUUCAGUGCAAGAGACAGUGAUUAGUAAGUGUUCUUGAAGUACCCUGAUGGAGUGGAUGUGGAGAGGACAUUUCCUAUGGUGGGGGAGUCUAAGACCGGAGGUCACAACCUCAGAAUAGAAAGACGUCCUUUUAGAACGCAGGUGAGGAAGAAUUUAUUCUAGCCACACAGUGGUGAACCAGGAAUUUGUUGCCAUGGACAGCUGUGGAAGGCAAGUCAAAGGGUAUGUUUAAGGCAGAGGUUGUUAGGUUCUUGAUUAGCCAGGGCAUGAAGGGACAUGGGGACAAGGCAAGAAAUAGGGGCUGAGAGGAAGAAUGGAUCAGCCAUUAUGAAAUGUUGGAACAGAUUCAAUGGGCCAAACACUCUAAUUAUACUUGUUAUCUUAUAAUCUUUUGAAUAUAUAAUCAUGGGUUCAAAGUACAUUUAUUAUCAAGGUACGUAUUGAUAUUUGUCUGCUUGCAGGCAGCCACAAAGCAAGAAACCCAAAAGAAUCCAAUUAAAAAAAAGAUUAACACCCAAUGUGCAGAGAAAGAGAAAGAACACAGACUGCGCAAGCCAUAGAAGCAAGAAAAAGCAUCUCGGACCAAACUGAGUCCAUAGUUCCGAAUCCUCGGAGUAGGCCCAAAGCCUUGGUCUCAGUUCAUCACAUUAGUGGGGCAAAUUUCUGCGAAGCUCACAGAUACAAAGCACAGCAGCCAAAGCAGUCUCACGGCCUCAUCGCUGUGGAGAGAGAAUUGAUCAUCGUGGGAGAGCAAAUGAAUUUGUCCUUACACCCUACCUUUCCAGU